AUGUCGUUCCGGAGCAUCCUCUCCGAUGUGAGGGACAGCAUCGGCAGCUUCUCCAGGAGACGCGGGAUCGAGGUGAGAAUCUCCGGCCUCUCCGGUCAUCACCGGGGAAAAUCGCAGGUCUCCGCCGAUGAGUUUCCCGGCGGCCUCGCCGUGACCCAGCAGAGCCGCUGGGCCUGUCUGCCCCCGGAGCUGCUGCGGGACGUGAUCAAGAGGUUGGAAGAGAGCGAGAGUUCCUGGCCGUCUCGCAAGCACGUCGUCGCCUGCGCCGCAGUCUGCACAGCGUGGAGGGAGAUGUGCAAGGAGAUCGUCAGCGGGCCGGAGUUCUGCGGGAAGCUUACCUUCCCCGUCUCCCUGAAGCAGGUUUCCCUCCGCCCGUGUCUUAUCUUUGCUCGUGGUUGAAACGAUGGAAGUCAACGGCGGGGUUCUCAGCUCAUCGACGAUCUCUCCCUCAUCUUUGCAGCCGGGUCCUCGCGACGGAACCAUCCAGUGCUUCAUCAAGAGGGACAGGUCAAAGUCGAGAUACCACCUCUUCCUGUGCCUCAGCCCUGGUAAGCGAAGUCCUCUUAUUCCUGGUAAACAAUUGCUUUUGAGCCGUCGCGCAGUCGAAUCAAAAGUCAACUGAGACACUCACACGCUCCUCCUUGUCGAACUGCGCAGCCUUGCUCGCUGAGAACGGGAAGUUCCUCCUCUCCGCCAAGAGGUCGUCAGGAGCUUCCCGCACGGAGUAUAUCAUCUCCAUGGACGCCGACAAUAUAUCGAGAUCCAGUAGUACCUACAUUGGGAAGUUGAGGUGGGUGAAAAUAUCCAUCAUCUCCAGUGGUGGCGAUUGUUUCUGGGGUUGACUUAGCCGGCAAUCUCUCUCCCGCAGGUCGAAUUUUCUGGGUACCAAGUUCGUCAUCUACAACACGCAGCCGCCGUACAACGGCUCCGCCCUUCCGCCGCCUGGUCGCUCCAGUCGCCGGUUCUACUCCAAGGUCUCCCCCAAGGUGCCCACCGGCAACUACGGUAUAGCUCAGGUGGCGUACGAGCUGAAUGUCCUGGGGAAGCGCGGGCCGCGGCGGAUGCGCUGCACCAUGCACUCUAUCCCGACGACCGCCCUUGACGUGGGCGGCAAGGUCCCCGGGCAGCCGGAGAAGCUCCUUAGCCGCUCCUUGGAGGACUCCUUCCGCAGCAUGUCCUUCUCCAAGUACUCAGCCGUGGACCGCUCGGCGGACUUCGGCAGCGCGCGGUUCUCCGACAGCGUCGGUGGCGCGGCGGAGGACGGCGGCGAAGAGGGGAAGGCGGUGCCGCUGGUGCUCCGCAACAAGGCCCCGAGGUGGCACGAGCAGCUUCAGUGCUGGUGCCUGAACUUCCGGGGGCGUGUCACCGUCGCGUCCGUGAAGAACUUCCAGCUCAUUGCCGACGCGCAGCCGCAGGCCGCCGGCGCGCCGACGCCGUCGCAGCCGGCCCCGUCGGAGCACGACAAGAUCAUCCUUCAGUUCGGCAAGGUCGGGAAGGACACCUUCACCAUGGAUUACAGGUACCCGCUGUCGGCGUUCCAGGCGUUCGCCAUCUGUCUGAGCAGCUUUGACACCAAGCUGGCCUGUGAAUAG